UGAAACCGGCAAGAGCGCUUUUUGGUUUGGGCCCAAAGUAGAAAAGCCCAAAACCUGACCAAGUGUUUCAAACACAGAUCUGUUUCCCCGACAGAACCCUCUUCUGUGUCUUGUUCUAUCUGGGCGACCGCGAGAACCGAACCGUAAGAUGAACUAGAUCAUCUGAACUGGGUGUCUUGAAGCUCAAAUAUCCCUCUUUUUUUGGGGUUCGGAUUCGGUGGUGCCGGCUUCCCCAAUUAGGAAAUUAUGGUAUGUAUGAUUCCUCCUUGAUUUUGAGUCUCAAAGUCUCAUCCUUGAAUCUGCCAACUUUUUAAGUUGAGCCGUCCUUGAUUUUCAACUAGAUAACCCAGCAUGUUAGCUUAUGUUCUUCAAUUGAUUCAAUGUCCUCCCUUUUUAAGUUAUCCACAUCCAUGUCUGGUAACCUUUUGUUUUCCCAACUCAAAUGGAUUGUUGUCCUUUAGUAAUUAGGAGAGUCUAGGUUAUAUAAAGACUAGUCCUUCUCUGAGAAACAAGGAUCAAAAGCAAACAUAGAGCCUUUGAGAGAGAAAUCAGUAUGGUGAAGAAACGAAAACGCUGCAGCAUCAACUUACCAGAAACCAUAUUGGACUAUGAGGAUAUCCUUUUGGAAAUCCUUGUCCGUGUUCCAGCUCGAAUUCUGCUCCGCUUCAAAUGCGUCUCCAAGCAUUGGCUCUCUUUUAUCUCUGACCCCCAAUUUUGUCACCUCCACACCCUUCGAAACCCAAAUCCUUCCAUCUCCGCGGUCUUUUCCAACCUAUCCAGAAACAUUGGUUUCAUCCCUUUCAAUUUUGAUCAUGAUCGGGCUACGAGUACAGGCUCUGGUGCACCUAGCUGUAACCCUCUGAAUUUCCUUCAAAACCUAUGUCAUGACAACAUUAACAUUAUCCAGUCCUGCAACGGCCUUUUCUUAUGCCAUCCUGAAAUUCUACCGCCUUCCAGUAUUCGCGGCUCCGACGUGAGGCGUGUCUACACACCUCUUUAUCACUAUGUUCUCAAUCCCACAACCAACCAGUUCACCAAACUUGUUCCUCCUGCUGCCACUGCCGCCACUACUGCUGAACCCCGAAUCAUGGGCUGUGCUUUGGCUUUUGACCCUUGCAAAUCGCCUCACUACAAGGUGGUCUUCCUUUGGUACGCUGAUGAACCAAGUCCAUGUGGCUGGUGCAGUCACCAUCGCAUAGAGAUAUAUUUUUCCGAGACUAAAAGCUGGAGGCUUCUUGAUUCUUCUUUUGAGACUCAAGCUCAAAUUCCCUACCAAGACGGAGUAUACUGCAAUGGUGCACUUCACUGGGUAGGCCUGUGGUGUGAAAUGGCAUAUUUUCAUUUAGAAGAAGAGCGUGUUGGAUUGGUUGAUUGUCUUCCUCGUUGUGAGGAGAAUUGGGGAGAUAGGGAUGAUAGAUAUUUUAUGAAAUCUGUUGAUGGCCAUUUGCAUCUUAUUGAUAUCUAUUUGCCUUGUUAUACUAAAUUUGAAGUGUUGGAGAUGCGGAGUGACUACUCUGGUUGGUUUGUUAAGUACAAUGUGGAUCUUGAUCCUUUAUACACCACUUACCCACGGAUUCCGCUACUUAUUGUUCUCUUUCUUGCUAAAGGGGAAAAUGAAGAAGGAAGUUCUUUUCUGUUGCUGUAUGGUCCUGGAAAAGUUUUCUUUUACAAUCUCAAGAGUAAUACCUUCAAAUCGAUUGACUUGACACCCCAACCCGGCGUUGAUGAAUAUUUUCGGGGAAGAGUUGGCCCGCAUAAUUAUCCAUACAUGGAGACCUUGGCUUGUGUGUGA